AUGAAAAGUACACCUCUACCACAUCAUCUAACAAUGACUCGAAAAAUUACUAGCACCAAGGAUCGAAAUAUUCAGCCACCUUUCUGUGGCUGUCGAAUAACCAUGCAGUGCAGCAAAAGGAACACAUUUCAACUGAUUGUUAUAUCGAACUUAUGCCGAGAUUCACUUUCAAAGAUACCACAGCUGUGCCAAAUGUCCAAUUAA